UAUUGUCCUGGGAUCCUGAUGAAUCUUUUCCACUUUUCUACGAGAAGGUUGGUUUCUCAAGUAUAUUGUGGAUUUAAACCUACUUCUUCCAAGAAACAAAGAAUUUGCUUUGAAAUGGCUCGGCCCAGUUCAAAUAUGGCUGAUUUUCGAGAAGCGUUUGCAAAAGCGAAGCAUAUAGCUAUCAUUACAGGGGCCGGUGUAAGUGCGGAGAGUGGCGUUCCGACCUUCAGGGGUGCAGGAGGAUAUUGGAGGAAAUGGCAAGCUCAGGAACUGGCUACUCCAGAGGCUUUUGCAAGGAAUCCUUCUAGGGUGUGGGAAUUCUACCAUUACCGUAGGGAGCUUAUGAUGAGUAAACAUCCCAACCCAGCACACAUUUCCAUAGCAGAGUGUGAGGCCAGGCUAAGCAAGCAAGGCAGAAGUAUUGUGGUCAUCACACAGAACAUUGAUGAGCUCCACAGGAAAGCUGGAACGAAGCAUCUCUUAGAAAUUCAUGGCAGCUUAUUCAAAACCCGAUGCACCAGUUGUGGAAAUGUGACAGAAAAUUAUAAGAGUCCAAUUUGUCCUGCUUUGGCUGGAAAAGGUGCCCCAGAUCCUGAAAUCAAAGAUGCUGGGAUUCCUGUGGAAGAACUCCCUCGUUGUGAAGACUGCAGUGGCCUCUUGCGCCCUCAUGUUGUAUGGUUUGGAGAAACUUUGGAUUCUGAUAUCCUUACAGCUGUUGAAAAAGAACUUGAAAUUUGUGACCUGUGUUUGGUGGUUGGAACCUCUUCGGUAGUCUAUCCUGCUGCUAUGUUUGCUCCUCAGGUAUCUGCAAGAGGAGUGCCAGUUGCAGAAUUCAAUAUGCAAAGCACCCCAGCUACCGAUAAGUUCAGUUUCCAUUUUGCAGGUCCCUGUGGUACCACAUUACCUCCAGCGCUUGCUCGCCAUGAAACUGAGAUCAUCUCGUGAACAUUCAUCACAAGCACACAGGAAAAGAAUCUGAUUGCUAAACUCAGCAGGGUGCAAACACAAGAGCCAC